AUGGAGGCCUGGUGGUACAAACUUGGUGAUCCCUGGGAGAAGGUGUACACCGUCUCUGAGUCUACACUGGUGCAGCUUGAACAGCUGCAUGUUCACGUCGUGAACCUCACUAGUUGGUUGCACGAGAGGACAGAUCAGAACCUGGAUGUGGUGCUGGAAGAGCUGCAGGAGGCGACGCGGCAGCUGCGUGAGUUAGGAAUGUAA